GUUAUGCUUCUUUGUAUUGACAUAUCAGUAGGUAGAUGUACAGAACUAGAGUGUAAGUUGAAAUUUGUUUGAACUGUUGAUGCUACAACACCGUAUGGGUGGGACGAUUUAACAAAAUCCGAGAGAAUAUUCACUAUCUGUUUGUCACUCCGAAGUAGUGGAAGUUAUAUUAACACACAGGAAAAGCGAAAUAACUCAUGAGCGUCUUAAACCUCCUAGUUUUGUGCUGGGUCGUCGGAUCUUCGCCGUGGGUCAGUAGCAGGACAAGUGGUACAGCAGGUGUCGCGAUGGCCGACUCACAACCCCCGCAAACCCGCAAAUCCCCACCGUGCCCACAAGCUUGCAGGUGCAGCAGAAAUACUGGGUUCGGUUACAGCGUUGAUUGCUCGUCACUCGAUCUUAACCAAGUGCCCAGCUCUGUAGACGAACUAACUACAUUUCUAGACUUGAGCGUAAACAAUAUAUCAGUGGUAGCAAGCAAAGCAUUUAGCAAUCUACACCUUCUGCAAGAAUUACGUCUUGUCAGUGACAACAUUGAAACUUUGGUGCCAGGAGCAUUUGAUAGUUUGCGGGCAUUAGAAACUUUGAUGCUGCAUAACAACAGAAUCACGAACAUACCCGGCAGAAGCUUCAUAGACACACCGAACCUUUUAGAUCUAAAUCUCGACGGUAAUUUCAUCAGCGAACUGCACGAGGACUCACUGGAAGGUUUACAAAAUCUUGAGAGUCUUCGUUUGGAUGACAACCGACUGUCACGUGUGCCUACUGAAGCGCUCAGUAAAACCCCGAACCUCAAAGCCCUAGACCUUGCGUUGAACAACAUUAAAGUGAUACACACCGGAGCGUUCAGACAUCUGACCAAGUUAAGAAUGCUGAAUCUACGUGAAAAUAAGAUCUCAAGAAUAGAAGACGGUGCCUUUGACGGUCCGGUCAAAUGUCGCAUAUUACACUUGGAGCACAACCAACUGACCGAAUAUCCUCGGCCUGUAACCGGCCUCACUAAGCUACGAGAGCUGAAACUUAACGACAACAAGAUUCAAAGACUACCAGACCGUGCAUUCUCAAAACAAACCAACUUAGAGAUUUUAAUGUUCCACAACAAUCCGCUCAAGUCUGUUGGAAGAUGGACCUUCACCAAUCUACGCAAUCUGGAACUACUAGAAAUAGUCGGUGUCGAAGAACAAGAACAUUUUCCUGAUCUGUCUGGUUGCAACAAACUAAGAGAACUCUUUGUGGUCGGGGGACGCUUCACUCAAAUACCUGACACACUGUGCGGGAAAAAGUCGGUCCUGCAGCGCCUCAUAGUGGCCAAUAAUCGCUUACAAAACCUGGGCGGUAUCAGCAACUGUAAAAUGUUAGACGGACUUGACAUUAGCGGCAAUGCAUUGAAGUCGUUGAACGAAAAUGAAAUGAGCAAUCUAACGUUUCUUCGCACACUGGAUUUAAGCGAAAACAAAAUCUCCUCUCUAGCUGAGAACGUGUUCGGGCACAGCAAGCUCGUUAAACUGAACCUAGCGUACAACUCGUUUGCAUACCUUCCAAUACGUGGCCUCUCACAGCUGAGGAAAUUAAACGUAUCAGGAGUAAAGAACAUGUUGUACUUGCCACCUAUACAGUUCAUGAACCAUCUGAGCCAACUUGAGGCUGCCUACCCUUACCAUUGUUGCCAGGUAUCGAAUGAGUGGGUACGUGCGCACGAGUACGAAUGGGUUGGCCCGGACGAUGAAAUCAUAAAACAGAGUUCACCGGCAAUUUCGUGUCACCCCGAACCCAGCGCUCUUACACCAUGCGAUAACCUCCUACCGUCGGUAGUGGUUCGUGUGGUAUUGUGGUUGGUCCUUGUGUUUUCCAGCGCCCUUAACAUGACUGUGGUUCUUUCUUCCAUCAUUCGUAAAUGUAGGAACGCAUGUCGACAAGCUCAUAGGCGGCAAAAGACACCGGAACCCGUUACCACCACAUCAGUGACGCCCGAGCAACAUGUUAUGGAUAAGUUCGUACAGUCGUACGAUUCCACCGGUAGCGUAAGCGACACCUUUGAGCUUGCUUUGUGUCAUUUAGCAUUUGCGGAUUUUGUCGCUGGCGUGUAUAUCGCUAUCCUAGUUGCCUAUGAUGUGACAACAAGGGGUAACUUUGCGGAACAUGGUGCAUGGUGGCAGCAAUCACUGAUGUGCCGCACUGCAGGCUUCUUCCUGGUUAUGGGUCUUCAAUUGAGCUUCUUCACAGUGCUUAUUGCUACCGUGGAGCGCUACUUGGCAACGAUGUUCCCUCUAAAACCAGAGAAACAUAUCAGCAAGGCGGUGCUAGGUCUCACACUCAGUGCUGCAUGGGUUAUAUCAAUUGCAACUGCUAUUGUCACUUUGGUCAGUGGCGAAGAAGGUUUUCCACUACAAGAGAGGUCACGAAGAGUGCUUCCGUUGUACAACGGUGCAACAUGCCUUCCAUGGUCCACGCAUUUUAAAUACGUUGCAGUAUUGGUUGGCGGGCACGUUAUCGCUUGCUUGGGUAUUGUCAUUCUUUGCGUACUGAUGUACUGCGCAAGAAGGAAACAAUCUUGGUUGUCAGCACAAAAGCAUACGAGAAGACAGAUAUCGCUUACUGUCGCUUGUAACGUGACACUAAUUCUCCCACUUGCUCUCAUAGGUCUUCUUGCAUCGGCAGUAACUACCUAUCCUUCAGCGGCGGAACCUUGGGUUUUCUCCUCUGAGAGCGCUUACUCAAAUCAGGAGCCGGCCAAGUUAAACGUGGAUUUGUUACUUACGAUGGUCAUGCUGCUAAUAUCCUUACGGUUUGCCAUCAACCCCCUGCUUUACAUAUCCUUCAGUGAGUCGUUUCGGCGCGACAUGAGAGCAGCUGCCGGUUGGCUCUGCUGUACUAUACGUCGAAACCGUUACCAUGACUACGAUACCGAUGAUGACAUUGACGAUGGUUUCACAGAGCCAACUGAGUUUGCAUUUCACGAUCCUAAUGCUACACGACAACUAGAAGCUUCUCUUCCAGUGUUCAGACAUGGGAAAAUUGCACCCGAUGUUAUUCAAAGUAGCGGUUAUGAGACCCACGUAUUUGGGGAGGAAUUUGCCAACGAACCGUUUUACAAUAUGCAUUCGGAUGGCGAUUUACAACGCAAAAUAACAGCCCGUCGACUUGAAACAACGAGACUCGUUCCAGUGAUGUUACACGCACAAGCAUAUGAUGAAGAUAGGUUGUCACCUCAGCUGAAUCACCAUGAAGCAAAGUAUUCUCAGUGUAACAGUCGAGACGAAAAUAUAACAAUUUCGCAGAUGUCACCGGAGCGCAUAGCUGCGGAGGACAAUAAGUUGAAUUACGCAAGUGCGCAAGUCGCGAAUAAAACUUACAUCGCGCAAGGCGCAAGACCGAAAUAUAACACACGCUUGCCGCCUUUAAUUUGGCGGAAAUACUCCCCGGAAGACGCGGCCAAUGUAGACGGAAAAAAGCUCUCGCAGUCGUGUGAGUCCUCAACCUCAAAGGAUUCCGGGAUUCAGUCGGAGCCAGAUUUUGGUGUCGCCUAUUCAAGCGGGUGCAGUAGUCUUGCACGUUCCAGUGCUUCCAGUCACGAAACCGGUGACAGUCUGGACAACACUGAUACCACUUACGCGCGUGGUUUUCUUCAGGUAGUAGGCGAGAGAACAUUACCACGCAACGAAGCAGCGCACACGGUUGAUGCGGCGCAUCUUAAAUUGAAUAUAGCAGCGAACGAUGUCAGGUUAGAGAAAGUUGAUUUGUGUGAAUUACCGAAAGUCGGUGAAACCGUUUUAUGAUGGGAUUUUUCUGCGAAACUUGUUUUAUUUGCGUGUGAAACCUUGUUGGCUUUACUGAAUGUUUACCUCUACAUACUGUUUUUUUUUCGUUUCUGCAAAGCUUCCCUUUAAACGGCGGUCGCUGUUCUUGCCUACAUUUACUUACCUUGUUAAUAUACUUCCAAACAUAAAGCCCAUAUACUGGUAAAAACGUAAAAUGAAAAAUCAUACUCGUCCUUGUAAAGGUGUUCGCUGAACAACUGUUGUUUGGUUAAAUUACUUGGUAACUAGUACAGUACCUCAGGUGUGGACAGCAAAAUUUGGUUUUGUAAAUUUUGCACGUUUUGUUUGUUCAUUCUCUGUAUGAUGUUCAUAUAUAUAUAUACUGAAGUACAAUGGCAUGCUCAUUUAACUGCCUUUCCAUGUAGCACCCUGGGAGACGGCUACACGUUUUUGCUGGCAAUUUUGAUUUACCUCUAAUUCCGAAUACUCAUCUAUAACAUUCAAAUAUGGUCAAACAAAAUAUGUUUUGCAAGAAUGGGAUGGCUGUUGUUUAACUACUUCUAUUUGCAAUAAUAAAAACAUCACUUUCUACAACUGAGUGUGCAGCUUGAUUUUUUGUAGAUAAAUAUAAAUCUACCAUAUAAAAAAUAGUUGUUUGGAAGAUUGUAGUACUCUCCUUUGUUGUGUAUGGGUCAUAUUAAGCCGAUUUCAUUUCCGUACAAUAAGGCUUUAAAUGCUGCACAGAACAUGUGUUUACACACACACCACAUCCGUGAUGUCUAGAUUUUUCCUGUGAGAUAUCACUAAUACUCAACUGAUAAAACAGGCACAAACAAUGUGGUCACCUAAACACAGAUCUUUAAUUUGUAUUCUUACUUUUACACUUUAUGC